CAACUUAGUUAACGAAGAUUGCUUUCCUAACUUUCCUUUGUUUCCUUCCUUGUGAUGGCUUAUUUGAAUAUAAUAUCCAAUUGCUGCCAGGCCAGCUGCAUUGGCAAAUCCGCAUGCAGCAUAGCUUCAUACCUCAGGCCGGCCGGCAUUCACCAUCUUAAUUUGUUUGCACUAUUUGGUGAAUCAUGUUUCCCAACUUCAUCUACUUCCCGUUAAUUAGUAGAUUAAAGAAAGUUUCUCCAACAAUGCACGGCUUCAAUAAAGUAACACGAGAGCUAAUUAGACAAUGAGCUCUUUAACGUGAACCAAAGUGAAGAACAUCGCUGGGUUUAGCAACAAAAAAAAAAUGGAGGCCGCCACCUCCGGCAACUUGGUAACAGGGUCUCACCACAAGAACGAGCUGAUAUUGAUCAGGACUGAACUUCCUGCUUCUGCAAAAGAUGAGUGGGAGGAGUCGUGCAGUGGGCAGAGUUGCAGGAUUUGCGGCGACGAGAUAGGUCUGAAUGCCGACGGUGAACUGUUUAUAGGCUGCAAUGAGUGUGCAUUUCCCAUAUGCAGAACUUGCUACGAUUACGAGCGCAUAGAAGGGACUCAAAUCUGCCCAAGAUGCAAGACCAGGUUCAGCCGUCUUAAAGGGUGUUCCAGAGUGCGCGGAGAUGAGGAAGAAGAUGAUGCAGAGGACGUGGAAGAAGAGUUUAACUUUGGUCAAGAAAACCAUGGAGGAAGAGGAGAAAGAGAGGCUGGGAUGUUGCAGGAUGAGGAUGCUCACAAUCACUUCGCCUUGGAUUUGGCUUACCCUGGUGCUCUUAGUCCUCCACCUCAAUUCCCACUCCUCACCGAUGGUCGAAUGGCCACUGAAGAUCAUAUGGCUGUCACUCCUUGUAACGCCCACCAACAUGCUUUGGUCGUCCCACUGUUUGUGGGUGCUAGUAGCCCUGACUUUAGAAGGCAUGAGCAAUCCUCCUUUCCAAAUAGUCCGUUUCCUCCAGGCCAACCCAGAUCCAUGGAUCCCUCCAAGGACUUGACGGCGUAUGGCUAUGGAACCGUCGCUUGGAAGGAGAGGAUGGAGAUGUGGAGGCAACAAAAGGAAGCCAAGCUGCAGCUGAUGAACAAGGAAGACCAUGAUGACAAUGACCCGAUUGCCUGGAAUGCUGAAAAUGAUGACCAUGAACCUGCGCUGCCGCUGAUGGAUGAAGGAAGACAACCACUAUCACGAAAACUGCCCAUCCCUUCGAGCCAAAUCAAUCCUUACAGACUAAUCAUCCUAAUCCGACUCGUGGUUCUAGGAUUCUUCUUCCACUACAGAGUCUCCCACCCUGUGACCAACGCUUACGGACUGUGGCUAGUUUCGGUAAUCUGCGAAAUCUGGUUCGGCAUUUCAUGGGUACUUGAUCAGUUCCCCAAGUGGUUCCCCAUAGAGAGAGAAACGUACCUGGACAGACUAUCACUGAGGUACGAGAAAGAAGGGCAGCCAUCCCAACUUUCUCCGGUGGACGUAUUCGUGAGCACGGUGGAUCCACUGAAAGAGCCGCCUCUGGUCACAGCAAACACCGUUCUCUCGAUUCUAGCCGUUGACUACCCAGUCGACAAAGUGUCGUGUUAUGUCUCCGACGAUGGCGCUGCCAUGCUAACGUUCGAAGCGCUGUCUGAAACGUCCGAGUUUGCCAAGAAAUGGGUGCCUUUUGUUAAGAAGUACAACAUUGAGCCCAGGGCGCCAGAGUGGUACUUUGCUCAGAAAAUUGAUUACCUCAAAGAUAAGGUGCAUACUUCCUUUGUCAGGGACCGAAGAGCCAUGAAGCUCCUCAACCCAAACCAUCUCCCACCUCUAUUAAAUGAUGGUGUCAAUGUACAACUUCUGUUACAGGUUUUCCUUGGACAAAGUGGAGGAGAUGACGAGGAUGGAAACAAGUUGCCGCGUCUGAUCUACGUUUCGAGAGAGAAAAGACCAGGCUUCAAUCACCACAAGAAGGCUGGGGCAAUGAAUGCUCUAGUAAGAGUUUCUGCCGUAAUAUCAAACGCACCAUACGUGCUCAACUUGGACUGUGAUCACUACUUCAACAACAGCAAGGCUCUGAGAGAAGCAAUGUGCUUCCUCAUGGAUCCCAUGCAAGGAAAGAGAGUAUGCUUCGUACAGUUCCCUCAAAGGUUUGAUGGUAUCGACAGAAACGAUAGAUAUGCCAAUCGAAACACCGUGUUCUUCGAUAUAAACAUGAAGGGCCUAGAUGGAAUUCAGGGGCCUAUAUACGUUGGAACAGGAUGUGUGUUCAGGAGGAGAGCACUCUAUGGCUACGAUGCUCCCACGAAGAAGAGACGAGGCGGCAGAACUUGCAACUGCAUGUUCAGCAAAUGGGAUUGUGCUUCUUUCUGUUUUGGAAACAAGAAGACGAACAGGAAGAAGAAGAAGGUCCAGAAACCAAAGCUUGAGAUGAUGAUGCAAGCUAGCGAGUCUCGAGCUGAUCUCGAGGCCACCGGACAUCUGCCUACUGGUAACAAUAAGGAAACCCCAACCGAGAAACCUCACCUGAAGUUGCAGAAAAAGUUCGGACAAUCUCCGGUGUUCGUGGGGUCGACCCUUUUGGAGGAAGGUGGCACCGUGCAAACUUCCGGCCCGGCGUCUCUGCUCCAAGAGGCCAUUCAUGUCAUUAGCUGUGGCUACGAGGAGAAGACAGAUUGGGGGAAAGAGGUUGGCUGGAUAUAUGGGUCGAUUACAGAGGACAUAUUGACUGGGUUCAAGAUGCACUGCCAUGGAUGGAGAUCAAUCUACUGCAUUCCUGAGAGGCCUGCUUUCAAGGGUUCGGCUCCCAUUAAUCUCUCCGACCGUCUUCAUCAAGUCCUCCGAUGGGCGCUUGGCUCGAUCGAGAUCUUCCUCAGCAGGCAUUGUCCUCUGUGGUAUGGCUAUGGAGGUCGGCUCAAAUUGUUGGAGCGUUUGUCCUACAUCAAUGCCACCAUUUAUCCACUGACCUCGAUUCCCUUGAUGGCGUACUGCACUCUCCCGGCGGUUUGCUUCCUCACCGGGAAAUUCAUCAUCCCGGAGCUGAACAAUGCAGCCAACUUAUGGUUUCUAUCACUGUUCAUCUGCAUCUUCGGCACGAGUCUUCUGGAAAUGCGGUGGAGCGGGGUCGGGAUCGACGAGUGGUGGAGGAACGAGCAGUUUUGGGUGAUCGGAGGAGUGUCGGCGCAUUUGUUCGCGGUGUUUCAGGGGCUUCUGAAGGUGAUCGGAGGAGUGGACACGAAUUUCACGGUGACGUCAAAGGCGGGAGGGGUCUGCAACGGUGGGGAUGAGUACGAAGGGAUCUCGUCGGAGCUCCAUGCGUUCCGGUGGACGACGCUCCUCAUCCCGCCGACGACGCUCUUGAUCGUCAACUUGUUCGGGAUAGUUGCGGGGAUUGCGAGCUUCUUGAACGACGGGAAGGAGUCGUGGGGGAUCUUGUGCGGGAAGCUCUUCUUUGCGUUUUGGGUGAUGAUUCAUCUGUACCCUUUCCUCAAGGGGCUUUUGGGCCGGCAGAAUCGGACUCCUACGAUCAUCAUCCUCUGGUCCAUUUUUCUGGCUUCGGUUUUCUCGAUUUUGUGGGUUAGGAUUGAUCCCUUCGAGCCCAAGGCCAAUGGGCUGGUUCUUGAAGAAUGUGGGCUGGAUUGCGAAUAA